AUGGCUAGCGGCAGCGCUGGGAAGCCCAGUAUCGAGGCGGCUUCUCCGGCUCCAGCGAGCGCCGUCGGCGGGGCCUCGUCGCAGCCGCGGAAGAGGCUGGUAUCCGUCUGUGACCACUGCAAAGGCAAGAUGCAGCUGGUGGCCGACCUGCUGCUGCUGUCGAGUGAGGCGCGGCCCGUGCUCUUCGAGGGUCCCGCCUCCGCCUGCGCUGGCGCCGAGUCCUUCGAGCAGUGCCGGGACACCAUCAUCGCGCGCACCAAGGGGCUCUCCAUCCUCACCCACGACGUGCAGAGUCAGCUCAACAUGGGCCGCUUCGGGGAGGCAGGGGACAGCCUGGUGGAGCUGGGAGACCUGGUGGUUUCCCUGACCGAGUGCUCCGCCCACGCGGCGUAUCUGGCGGCCGUGGCCACGCCGGGCGCGCAGCCCGCGCAGCCAGGCCUAGUGGACCGCUACCGCGUGACGCGCUGCCGCCACGAGGUGGAGCAAGGCUGCGCCGUGCUGCGCGCCACCCCGCUGGCCGACAUGACCCCACAGCUGCUGCUUGAGGUGUCGCAGGGCCUGUCGCGCAACCUCAAGUUCCUGACGGACGCGUGCGCCCUGGCUAGCGACAAGUCCCGGGACCGCUUCUCGCGUGAGCAGUUCAAGUUGGGCGUCAAGUGCAUGAGCACCAGCGCCUCGGCGCUGCUGGCCUGCGUGCGCGAGGUGAAGGCGGCACCCAGCGAGCUGGCGCGGAGCCGCUGCGCGCUCUUCAGCGGGCCGCUGGUGCAGGCGGUCGGCGCCCUAGUGGGCUUCGCCACCGAGCCGCAGUUCCUGGGUCGCGCGGCGGCUGUGAGCGCCGAGGGCAAGGCGGUGCAGACCGCCAUCCUGGGAGGCGCCAUGAGCGUGGUGUCGGCCUGCGUGCUCCUGACCCAGUGCCUCAGGGAUCUGGCGCAGCACCCCGACGGGGGCGCCAAGAUGUCGGACCACAGGGAGAGGCUGAGGAACUCGGCCUGCGCCGUGUCUGAAGGCUGCACCCUGCUAUCUCAGGCUUUAAGGGAGAGGUCUUCGCCCAGGACUUUACCGCCAGUGAAUUCCAAUUCUGUGAAUUAG